AUGAUCACAUAUGCAAGGAAGAGCCUUUCCGCCUCGCCUACUGCUCUAGAGCAGCAUCUCGACUCCCUUGAGAAGUUCAGGGCCGACUUCAACAACAUUGACGAGACUACCGAUAUCAGGCCGUUAUGUCGUAGCCUCAUGAAGCCGUUUGAGUCGUUAAUGACUAAGCUGGCGCCAUCAUCGACCUCCACAAACCUGUCCCUAUCAGACUGGGGAUACAAGCAAACGUUUGCUCUCGAAGCAAUGGCUGCAAGCGGCGACAUGAUGCUUAAGCCUCGUUUCAAGGCUCGUCGUGGUUGGAACUAUUACCCUCUCGGCCAGUACCUGCGUCCGCCUCACGAUGCCUUCACGAGUCGGCUGCUAAGCAAUUGGGAGCCCAAGCAGUACUCCUCGCUUCAGGUUCAGAUCGCCCCGCCCGCGCCAGGCCUGCCCGCCGACCUGCAUCCAUGCCUCAUUGGCCCGACCAAGGUGCUUGUUGAGGGGAUCGAGUGUUACUUCAAGGAAUGGAGUUCUCAAGCGCGCCCUAAAUGCGCGACGGCCCAUGAGCUGCUGAUGUACAAGAAAAUAGACGUUCUGGCGGCGGACGAGAAGCUCCCGGCCGGCCUGCGCGUCUCCAAGCUGCAUGGCGUGGUCAUUGACGAUGACGAUGAGAUAGCACAGCGUUACGACCCGAACAGAGGCGACACCUCGAAAGAAUACCCGGACCCGGAACCGUACUCUGGUUCGGAUACUGAUUCGGACUCGGACUAUUGUGAGCUCGGAGGGAAACGCCUUGUCGGCAUCCUAAUCACGUACAUCGACAAUAUUGGCACGCUGGCGGACACAGCGCCUUGGGCCGACUGCGACGACGCUGAUCGGAACCGCUGGGCCCGCGAUAUCGAAGCCCUUGUCACAGAUCUUCACGACGCGGACUUGGUCUGGGGUGACGCCAAGCCGCACAACGUCCUCGUCGACCGCAAGAAAAGAGACCUAUGGCUCAUAGAUUUCGGCGGUAGCUUUACCCGCACUUGGGUCGACGAGAACAAGGCCGACACCAAGCAGGGAGAUAUGCAGGGUGUGGCGAGGAUCCAGGAGUGGCUGGCCAAGUGCUCCAAACAGCCGAUCAGUCGCAUCUCUAGAAGUUAG